AUGGAUCUUCCAGUUGUGGUUGAUUCGGACGAUGAUGAAAUGGUCUCCCACGAACUAGAGCAAAUGAGGAGUAUAUUGGAAGAGGCGAUUUUGGAAACGCGCAGUAUGCCUCUCGAAAAUCGACCGCGACUUCCCCGCAUAUCCCUAAGCAAGCGAAAUCGGGCUGUCGUGAGGGCUCUUAACCCAAUGCUGGUAACCUAUUUGGAAGCCAGCCUGGACCCUUGCGAGACGGACUCAGUUCUUUUUGGCGCCGCAGUGGCAGCUUGCCGUAUUAUUGGCGCCAAACUUCCCAUGGCUUUGGACGCGCUACUAAACAAAGUAGCGCCAUCCCAGCCUGGAGAAAAGAAUUGA